UUGUUUCCUUCUACUCCAUCUCUUCAGUUCCAAAGUUUCAGUGAGCUCUGUUUUGCUCCCAUGGCUACAUUCCCUUUCUUCUUCCUCUUCGCUUUUCUCCUCACUGUUUUCACCUUCUCAGACGCCCAUAACAUCACCGAAAUCCUCUCCCAUUUCCCGGAGUACACUCAGUUCAACAACUACCUAACGCAAACCAAACUCGCCGAUGAAAUCAACAGCCGGACCACCAUCACCGUCCUGGUUUUGAACGACGGCGCGUUGUCUUCACUCACCGCCAAUCACCCGCUUUCCGUCAUUAAAGCCGCGCUUUCGCUUCACGUGCUGCUCGACUACUGGGAUGGGAGCAAACUCCACGAUAUUUCCAAAGGUACCACGGUGUCCACCACUUUGUACCAGACUACCGGAAAUGCCGCCGGGAAUAUCGGGUUUGUUAAUAUAACGGAUCUUAAAGGCGGGAAGGUCGGGUUCGGGUCGGCUAUUGCGGGCUCGCAUUUGGACUCUCAGUAUACUAAGUCGGUUAAACAGAUUCCGUAUAAUAUCUCGGUGAUUGAGAUUAAUAAGGCGAUUAUUGCGCCGGGGAUUUUGAAUGAUACGGCGCCGUUAGCCGUUAAUCUAACGGCGGCGCUUGAGAAAGCGGGGUGUAAGACGUUUGCGGGGUUGCUGGUUUCGAGCGGUGUGAUAAAGACGUAUGAGACGGCGGCGAGUAACGGAUUGACGGUUUUUGCGCCGAGUGAUGCGGCGUUUAAGGACGCGAAGUUGUUGGAUCUGAAGAAGCUUACGAAUGCCGAGAUGGUGGCGCUGUUGCAGUUUCACGCCGUCGCGGAGUAUACUCCGAUCGGGACGUUGAAGGCCACGAAGCAUCCGAUUUCGACUUUGGCGACUAACGGCGCCGGAAAGUAUGGCUUUAGGGCUACAACUGCCGGUGACGCCGUGACGUUGGAUACCGGAGUUGAUUCGUCUAGGGUUUCUUCCACCGUUUUGGACUCCACGCCGCUCUGCAUUUUCACCGUUGACAAUGUGCUUCUCCCGACGGAGCUCUUCGGCAAGGCUCCGUCCCCGGCGCCGGCUCCGGAGGCGUCGCCGGCACCAUCGCCGGAGGUCUCCCGCUCCCACGCGCCAACUCCUGCUCCGGAAGCUGUCGCCGCAGCUUCUCCGACUCCAAUGUUCUCUCCGCCUGCUCCUCCGACCUCGUCUCCCGCCGGUGCUCCGGUUGAAGGUCCAAUCGCGGAUUCCGAGCGCAGCACGGCCGACAAGAACUCCGGCGACGUGACAGCUUCGGCAUUGCUAAAAACGAUACUCACAGUGUCAGUCUUGGCAUUUGCGUCCGUUUAUGUGUCCUAAGUUGUCUUUUCAUUCGCCCCUGCCUAUUUUAUUUUGUGCUUUUUUUUUUCGGAUUGGAUUUUUUAUUUUUUUUUUUAAAUUUGUAGAAACCUUUUGUAGUUUAGUAGAGAUAAUUAUAUUUUUAAUUUGAAAUCUAAUUCUAUUUUCUUU